AGCGCCGACCAAUCGGGGAGAAGACGCCGCUAACUUCCUGCUUCGAGUCCGCGAGCCCUUAGAAUAAUGCUGGGAAUAAAAAUAAACGGCCAGCCGCCGUCUGUAACGCGCGGAAUAUAUGAAGACUCGCUCCACGGUCAUUAAACUACAGAGUAGGGCCCGUGAUGUCGGGGGCGCAGCUGUGGGCGGUGGACGUGUACGGGCGGGGGUUCAGCCUGUGGGCCCCCGGGGGCCGCUGGAGGCGCUCCGCCGAUCUCCUGCUGGAGCUGAAGCGGGUGACAGGCUCUCGCCGCUGCUGCUGGGGCGUCGGGUGCGACCAUCAGGUGUAUCUCCACGUCUAUCCCGCUCGAGUGCCUAUACGCCGGCAGGAGGAGACCUACGAGAACCAGGCGCGUGGGAAACCUUUCGGUUCAUCAAACCUUCGAGGUGGAACCCAGUGGAUGGGUACACAGACGCUCUCCUCCCGACGGACCGCUGGCAGUGGACGGACGAGUCGGGCUUGAACCCACAGCCUCUUCACAGCUUCGUGCUGCCGUCUGCUAACUGGGAGUGGGAGGGAGACUGGUACGUGGACGACGAAAGCUGUGGGAGAGAAUCCAGGGAGACAGGGGGGUGGGAGUAUGCAGUGGACUUCCCCGCCACCUUCACUAAAGAGAAGAAGUGGAACUCGUGCGUCCGUCGCAGGCGAUGGCUGCGCUACAGGAGAUAUAAAGCACUGGGAUCCUGGGCCAAGGUGCCUCUGGACAAAGCCAGACCUCCACCGGAGCCCUUCACCGACAUCAGCUGCGGAGGCUGGGACGUGAGGGACAGUCCUGAGAAACACAUUCACCUGUGGGCCGUGUCCCAGCAAGGGAAGCUGUGGUUUCGCGCAGGCAUCACACAGCAGAACCCGGAGGGGACCCGCUGGGAACCCAUCCAGGUGCCCCGAGAGGCGGCGCAGGUCAGCGCCGGGCCCAAAGACCUGCUGUGGGUCAUUCUCUGGGAUGGACAACUGCUGGCCAGAACGGGCAUCGGUAAAGACUGCCCUAAAGGCUCAUCUUGGGAGCCAGUGCAGCCUCCCAAUCAGAAAGGAGCUGUCCAUGUUGCGGUGGGAGUCAACGUCGUUUGGGCCAUCACUAAAGACAACAAAGUCUGGUUCAGGAGGGGCGUGAAUUCCCACAAUCCCACUGGCUCAGGCUGGAUCAGUAUCGGUGGAGAGAUGGUGAUGCUUAGCGUGGGGCCCAAUGACCAGGUAUGGGGGGUUGGCAGUGAUGACCGGACUGUGUAUUUUCGUCAUGGCGUGACAGGCACAGAGGUCACGGGCAGGUCAUGGGUGGCAGUGUCAGCUCAGCUUGAUGGCAGCGAAAGCACAAAUCAUUCCAGUGUUGUGAACGACGCCAGUGUCUUCGCCGGUGAGCUCACGGCGCCUUCCCAGGGUUCAGUUCUGGGCUGCGACGACACGGACGUACCAGAGCCACGCGUCCCCAAGAUCACGAGCGACAGCUUCAUCUCAGCGCUGGUGUCUGAUCGCUCCUCCCCGGCGCACGACCCGGCCUCCGAGGGUCACCCCAGCGUAUCCGAGGACAACCUGGUGACGAGUCAAGAGUCGGACCCCUCCAUCCUGAGCCCCAGCAGCCCGUCCGGCGGCAGCGAGACUCCGUGGAGCAAUGUUGACCUGGAGGAGAUGAAGGGCUCGCUUCCCAGCAGCACCCGGAGCUCCGUGGCCACGUACCCCUUUGAGCUGCAGCACAGCACCGUCGUGCAGGAGGAAGUGCCGCCCUGGGCCUGGGUCGCCGGUGGAGGAUGUGACAUCACUUCCGGCUCACAUGUCCACUUGUUUAACGUCUCAGAUCCCGGGCCUCUCUCUCCAUCCAUCACACCUGCCCUCAGCGCUCAGACAAGAGCAGCCCAGCAAGAGAGAGACGCCUCUGUAGAGAAGUCUGUCCGUGUGACCAGGGGUCGUAUGUGCUGGUGGAGGGACUGGACCCCUCACCAGUGGGAGGAUGUCAGCGUGACGCUGGAGCAGGUCACCGGUGCUGGAGCUCAGACAGGAGACAUCCUUUACCUCUACUACACUCACGACCAGGAGAAGAAGUAUCUGUAUGCUGUGAUAAAGGAGGUGACGGCCCUGGUGCCCAUGUUCAGGGACUCUCUGUACACUGUGGCCGUUUACACUCCAGACAGAACCAAACAGAGACAGCCCAUUCUACUGGCUACUUCCUCUCAACAAGACUUCAGCGCCUGGCUGUCUCUGUUGAACGAGUCGUGCUGCGCGUCCAGGGCUCUCGGGGAGCAUCCGUCCAAGCAGGCCCUGUGGGCCGUGACGUGUCAAGGAGACGUCAUGGUGCACGAGCCGUCCCCCGGUCUGGAAGCCCCAGCGCAGCACGUCCCCUGUGAGCACAUGUUCUGGCGCCAGGUUCCUGCUCAUCUGCUGUGUGUGGAGUCUAACAGUCUGGGUGUUGUGUGGGGCAUCGCUCACGAUCACACCGCCUGGGUCUACACGCCGGCUCGGGGAAGCGAAAGCCCCGAGCGAGCAGUGAGCGAUGUUCGGAGCGUGCUCAUCUACGAGAACCAGCGCUGGAACCCCAUGACGGGAUACACAGACAAGGGUCUCCCCACAGACCGCUACAUGUGGAGCGACGCGUCGGGCCAGAGAGAGUGCACCAAAGACAACACCGGCCCUCCGUCGCCGCAGUGGACAUGGGUUUCUGAUUGGGCCGUCGACCACAGCGUCCCGGGAGGCACGGAUAAAGAGGGCUGGCAGUACGCUGCAGAUUUCCCAGUGUAUGUUCAACCUACACAUAGAACAGCAGCUAGAUAUUUGGGUCUCGAUGUAAUUGGCGAUUCAUGCGCUUUCAGGACGUUUCACGGUCAUAAGACGAUGAAGGACUUCGUGCGCCGCAGGCGGUGGGCUAGGAAGUGCAUGAUCAGUCUCACCGGGCCGUGGCUGAAGGUUCCUCCGAUCGCCCUGACGGACGUCACCGUCCUGCCGUGUCUGGCCCAGUGCAGCCUGGAGCAGGUUCCCGUGUGGGCCAUUAGCGAGAAGGGAGACGUUCUGUGCCGCCUGGGAGUCACCGCCAGCAACCCGGCCGGUAAUUCCUGGCUCCACGUGGGCACAGACCAGCCCUUCAAGUCCAUUUGCAUAGGAGGAGGUCACCAGGUGUGGGCCAUCGCUAGGGACGGAGCAGUCUUCUACCGGGGAUCAGUGUCUGCCCACAAUCCUGCUGGUGAGUGCUGGUAUCACAUACCAUCUCCCCCGAAGCAGACGCUCAGACAGGUGUCCGUGGGCAGGACCUCCGUUUAUGCCGUGGAUGAAAACAGUAAUCUGUGGUACAGACAGGGUUUGACACCCAGCUAUCCUCAGGGCUCUGCGUGGGAACUCAUCUCCAGUAAUGUGUGUAAGGUGUCUGUCGGACCACUGGACCAGGUUUGGAUAAUCGCUGAUAAAGUGUCAGGUUAUCCAUCAGAGAGCUCGGGAACAGUGUGCCACAGACUAGGAGUGAAGCCCAUGCAGCCCAAAGGCCUGAGCUGGGACUUUGGCAUUGGGGGUGGAUGGGAGCACCUGUGUGUGAGAGGGAACUCUACGGAGGCCCAGCGCGUGGCACCUCGCAGUCCAAUGCCCAGCCGCACACAGAGUCAGGUGAACGGGAAUGUUGUGGGCUGCUAGAUACACUGCCCACCUACCAUCAUCAUCGUCAUCAUCAUCAUCUCCACCUUCAUCAUGCUUGGCUGCACGACCCUUCUUGUCUGUGUCCUGUGCCGGUCCGCCCAAACGUGACUUUCAUUUUGAUUCCACUUGCCUGAGCAACAAACACCACGUUUGAUUACUGUACGUGUAUGAUUUGACUCCAGUUUGAAGCAUGUUAUGUUUUCUUGUUGAUGUAUUUGUUUGUGUAACGAGAAGACCGUUUUACGUUAUCGGUUCGAUUGUAUUAUUUGAAGAUUAUUUUAUUUCAGUCCGUUUGCUUCGUCUUCCCUACUGUGAUCUAUCCAUUGACGUGCUGGGGUUUUUUUUUUCCCAAUAAAGAUCUGUUAAAAACA